AUGGAUCAGCACAUAGAGAAGAAGCUUGGAAAGGGAGAGCAUGAUGUUUUUACUCAAGAAUCACCCAAUGAGAAGAGGGAUGUUCAUGGAGGAAGAAAUUAUCAGCAACCACCUCACAAGAGAAGAAUGGAGCCAAGGAGCAACUUUGAAGAUUUGAUAACUUUCAUCAAGAGUUCUCAUAGAGAGCAUACAGCCUUGAUUGAUGAGAGAUUGGAGUCAGCCUUCACUAGAUUGAAUGAGAACAUACCCAGAUCAAGAGGAAGCAAAGCCGCCAGUCAAGAAGAAACCAAUGGAGUAUGUCAUCAUUGGAGAUGGACUGAACCACCUAAGGAAGUCCAUGUCAGAAUAGAACCAGGAACUCAGGAGGAAGUGGAGAAGCCACCUGAAGAACCAAGAGUGUAUGAGCCAAAGAUCCCAUACAGAAAUGUUCUUUCUCAACCCAAGAAGGAGAAGGAGCAAGCAAAGCUCAAGGAUCUUGUUAGCCAACUUUCAGUAAGGUUGCCUUUCAUUGAUGCCUGCCAAAUAAUUCCAUCUCUCAGGAAGUAUAUGAAGGCCAUACUCACAAGCAAUGUGAGUCUUGAAGAAGGAGCAAUGAUGAUUACAAAGGAGUGUAGUGCCAUACUUCAGAAUCGCAUGCCAGAGAAGCUGAACGACCCAGGAGUUUUGUUUUGUCUUGCAAGAUCGGUUCUACACACUUCCAUAGAGCACUUUGUGAUUUGGGUUCUAGUGUGA